CGCCCAGACACACUAUCGGGUGUGCUCGCAACAUUGGAUUGGUCGCAACAUCCUCCCCAUCCCCACUGCCAUGGACGCUCUCAAGUCGCUCGUGCAGCCUCUCGUCGGAGGCGGAGGAGGUUCCUCAGUCAUUGAUGGCAUGAAGCUCGUCGUCCUCGGUGGCACCGUCGAAACGGCUCGGAGGGUAUCCAGCUCGGCCUGGUCCCAUUUCGUGAAUUCAUUUUUCCUCACUGCCCAUUUUUCGGAAGAGGAUUAUCCGUACGACUGGCUCAUGCUCUGGCUCUCUCGCCGUCCGGAGUGGCAGCGUUCUCGGGAAUUCGAAACGACCACCCGGACAUCAACCCCCGGUUUCUCCGGAACCCGCACCGCAGACAACUCUUUUGGAGACGAAGAGGAAGAGGAGGAAGAUUCGCCUCCAGGCAAGGUCAAGACCCGGGUUGUCUUCCAGCCCACAUUUGACUCGACCCAUACCAUUUACUACAAGGGCCACUGGCUGCGUGUACGCCGUUCCCGCAAGAACGACGGCAGCUCUUGCGAAGUGCUCUCUAUAAGCGUUGUCGCGCGUAACAACGACGUCUUGAAGCAGCUUGUUCUACAAGCCAAGAAAGAGUACGAGGCCGAAGCCAUCCAUCGCGUGCAAAUUUACUUUGCCGACUCGCAUGGAAGCUGGCGUUGGUCAGAUUCGCGCCACAAGCGACCUAUGUCAUCCAUUGUGCUCAACCCUGGCGUCAAGGAGAUGCUCCUCAACGAUACCAAGGACUUCCUCAAGUCUGAGAAGUGGUAUGCGGAUCGCGGAAUUCCAUUCCGCCGCGGUUAUCUUCUGCAUGGUGUUCCUGGAUCGGGGAAGAGCUCGCUUAUCCAUGCCAUUGCCGGAGAGCUUAUGCUUGAUAUUUAUGUUGUCUCAUUGUCCUCAUCUUGGAUCAGUGACAGCACGUUGACGACUUUGAUGGGUCGAGUCCCCGCUCGAUGCAUCGUUCUUCUUGAGGAUCUCGAUGCCGCAUUUACUCGGAGUGUCACGCGUGACAAGAGCUCUAGCGGUAGCCCCGACUCAUCGAACAAUAACGAAGAAGGACCACAACCCGAUUCCUCCAACUCGAGCAGCCGUCGUCACCGUCACAGAGAGAAUAACAUGUCCGAUGUAAACACUCUUAGCUUGAGCGGUCUACUCAACGCGCUAGAUGGUGUCGCGGCUGCAGAAGGUCGUAUCUUGUUUGCAACAACGAACCACCUCGAGCGCCUUGACCCUGCGUUGUCUCGUCCCGGACGGAUGGACGUGUGGGUCGAAUUCAAGAAUGCCUCCAGAUGGCAAGCGGAAUCUCUUUUCCGCAACUUCUUCCCAUCAACGGAUGAAGAUGACGAGGUCAUCGAAGGUGACCUUGAAGGCGUCGACCUUCCGACGCCCCCAUCGCCACGGUCACCAGCAUCGACUGUCAACUCCACUCUCUGGUCGACGUCACCUUCGUUCCUAUCUUCGACGUCUUCCUUGUCAAUACCAAACAUGAAGAGUACCGCAUCUGCCAGUGACACGGAUUCGAAUGCUAGCGGAUCUCCGGCGCAGAACCGGGCGCAUCUUUCGACGCCCGUUGAGGAGCAUAUUGCUGCUUGUCAACACUCGUCGAAGCCACUGGACGGCAGAACGCUUGCGCAACUUGCCAAGCAGUUUGCCGAUUCAAUCCCAGAUGAGGAGUUCAGUGUUGCAGCUCUCCAAGGAUACCUGUUGAAGAAUAAGGCACGGCCCGAGGCCGCCGCCAAUGACGCUGUCGCUUGGGUCAUCAGCGAGCGUGAGAUGCGGGAGCGCCUCAAGAAGGAGCGAGAGGCUCGUGAAGUCAAGGAAAAACUCGAAAGAGAGAAACGGCGCAAAGAACUCCUCGAGAAGGAGAAGGAGCAGGCUGAGUCGGAAAAGAAAGAACUUGAGCUAGCUAAGUUGAAACUGCAACUGCAAGAGCAGGAGAACAAGGACAAGUCUAGCGCUGAGAAAGCAAGCGAGGUUAAGGACAAGUCUGAGGAUGCCAAACCUGCUGACGAUGAGAUCGCACCUCAUCUUCCAUCUGUUACUCAACCCGCUGAAGUGAUCAAAGGCGAGUCGAGUACUGACGAAGACAGUGAUGAGGAGAACACGCCUCCACAUGAUGGUUCUGCCUGGAUGGCCAUUUCCCCGGCAGCACCUUCGAGUUGACUCAGUACCACAGUCUCAGCUGGCGGCCCAUCCGGUGAUGUCUCUGUGGUUAACCCAGAUGCUUAUGGCGACAACAAUCCUGCUCCGGCUUCUCUUCAACCAGUGGCUGCCGCAGCGUCAUCUGCACUACUUCGUCGCCACGCGGGCGGAUCUGACCUCGUGUAUUAUAUGCUUCAACUCUAUCUCGCUCAUCUGUACGCUUUCCUACUGCAUUUCGACCCCACGCAGCGCCGGAGACUUGUCUAGACGGCAUAGUUUGCCUCUGGCUCACACAUAGACACGCCGUUGCUGAUGUUGUCAUCUCCCAUCGCGCCCUGCUUUCCAGCCUGCAUAUUUGCUCCUGUAUAUAUAUAAAAGUGUUGGUUUGUUUGAUUUCUGUACAUCGUUUCAUUAUCUCGGUCAAAACUUCAUCGCAGUAAAACAUUCCAUCCAAUUUAUCAUCAUUCAUCAUCCAUCCUACGUCACAACCGCAAUUCCAAGCACUCAUUCGCACCCCCGUGUCAUUCUUUUUGGUAGUUUUAGGUUGAGCGUAAACGGACUAGUAGUGCUAU